CCCAUUUUACAAGCCAUAAGUCAGUCAACUCAUCACUUCUCUCUUCAUAGUUUCAAUAAUCAGUUUUUCUUUUUUAUUUUUUUAUCGUGUUUUUUCGACGAUCAAGCUCAAAGUUAAAUUGAGCAUGGAUCUAUUAACUAAUCAGUUGAUUUCUCCCAUGGCCGCUGCGACAUAUAUUAUUUCAUUCUUAUUCUUGAUGAUGAUGCUUGAAGUUGAAGCCAGUCCUAUUCACAUUCCAUCAAAAAACAUAACACUAGGCUCUUCACUCUCCCCUCUCACUGAACACACUUCAUGGCCCUCGCCUUCUGGCCGUUUCGCAUUUGGGUUCUACAAACAAGGCGAUGGCUUCUCAGUGGGAACUUGGUUAACCACUAAACCAGAUAUCACACUGGUUUGGACUGCACAUCGAGAAGAUCCCCCAGUUUCACCAAAUUCUACGCUGACUUUAACCAAGGAUGGUCAGCUCAUUCUGAGAACCAGCGAUCAUCAAACCAAGGAUAUUCUCAUCGCUAACUCCUCAGAGCCUGCUUCUUUUGCUUUAAUGUUUGAUUCCGGCAAUUUCGUGCUCUACAAUGAUAGCUUUCAAAAGAUCUGGUCAAGCUUCGACUUCCCCACAGAUACAUUACUGGGAGGCCAGAGUUUAUAUACUAACAAUCAAUUGGUUUCCAGUGUAUCUGAAGCAAAUAGUUCAACUGGAAGAUUUCGUGUGAUCUUGCAAGGAGAUGGGAAUCUUGUCUCAUAUCCCACAAGCACAACAAUGGACGAAUCAGAGGCAUACUGGGCCAGUGGCAUCUUUUACGGAUUUGCAGUUCACAGCUUAUAUCUAAAUCAUACUGGUGGACUUGUCUUGAUCAACAACAAAUCUAAACCUAUCCAGAUUUUGUAUCCUGAUUCUUCUUUAUACAACAGCUCAAUCAUUUACAGGGCAACUCUAGGCCAUGACGGAAUUUUUCGUUUGUAUUCUCAUAAUGGUGAGUACAACACAUCCCUGAAAUGGAAAAAACCGGAAGAGGCCUGUCUGGUGAAGACUUUUUGUGGCUUUAACAGCUAUUGUUCACUGUAUGAUGACGAAGCCAGAUGCCGUUGUCUUCCUGGUACUGAUUUUGUUGACCCUGGUGACAUGAAUAGCGGGUGCGAGAGAUAUUAUGUUGAAGAAAUCUGCGCAGAAAUGAAUUUAACUACUACAAAAUUAUACAACCUGACUUCAAUGGAGAUGAUCACAUGGGAUGAUUAUCCAUAUCUCCAAGAAGAAAUGGACUCUAAAGAAGAUUGCGGGAAAUCCUGUUUAGAGGACUGCAAUUGUGAUGCGGCGUUGUACAAAGAACCGACUUGCAGGAAACAAAAGCUUCCGUUGACAACUGCUAGGAGAGACCAAAGUGGAGAUUCCUCGGCCAUAGCUUUCUUCAAAUUGAGCAAGAAAAAUAUCACAAGAGAUGCACGUGGCAAUAGUUUACCAGAGCCACCAGUAGUGACAAGCAAGAAGGCAAUUGUGCUAAUUCUGGUAAUGACUUUCAGCUUCGUUACUUGUUCAUGUAUUCUCCUUGGAAUGUCCGGAAUUUUUGUUUUCAAAUACCGAGUUGCGAAAUACAAAUGGCUGUUGGAAACUGGAAACUUUGGCUUGUCCGAUGAGCUUACUAUGCGAUCGUUUUCCUACAACGAGCUUAAGAAGGCAACCAAUGGAUUUAAAGAAGAGGUGGGCAGGGGCUCUUUUGGGGCAGUAUAUAAAGGAGCCUUUUACAAAGGUGAAAAACUUGUUGCAGUGAAGAGGCUGGAGAAAAUGAUAAAUGAGAGUAGUGAAAGAGAAUUCCACGCAGAAAUGCAGGUAAUAGGUAGAAUUCAUCACAAGAAUUUGGUUCGAUUGCUUGGUUACUGUGCUGUGGAUUCGAAGAGGCUUUUGGUUUAUGAAUACAUGAGUAAUGGCUCUCUAGCUGAUCUCCUCUUUCACUCUGAAACAUCCCCAGAUUGGAACGAGAGAGUGAGAAUCGCAUUGGAUGUUGCUAAAGGAAUUCUUUAUCUUCAUGAUGAAUGUGAAGCACCCAUCAUUCAUUGUGAUAUAAAGCCUCAAAACAUCCUACUAGAUGAUUUUUGGACAGCAAAGAUCUCCGAUUUCGGGCUAGCAAAAUUGUUAAUGCCAGACCAAACAAGGACUUUCACCUUGAUGAGAGGAACAAGAGGUUACAUGGCACCUGAAUGGUCGAAGAAUACUCCAAUAUCAGUCAAAGCAGACAUUUACAGUUACGGAGUUGUGCUCCUUGAAAUUAUUGCUUGCAGAAGAAACAUGGACACUAAAGCAUCAAACCCGGAUGAAAUCAUUCUUAUUAACUGGGUUUACAAGUGCUUCGUUAAUCGAGAGUUGAAUAAACUUGUUCGCGAUGAAGUAGAUAAGAAGAUUUUCGAGAACCUGGUAAAGGUGGGGCUCUGGUGUGUUCAAGAUGAACCAGCUCUGCGUCCUUCAAUGAAGAGUGUAGUGAUGAUGUUAGAAGGGAUUACUGAUGUCUCUAUUCCUCCUUGUCCCACUUCUUCCUUGGGGUGAAGUCUCUUAUACAUGCUUAAUAAUUUAUGAAUAAAAAUAUGUAUAUAAAUAAAUUAUACAAAUUUAUCUCUAUAUACUGAUAUAAUAGUUUAUGAUUAAGUGAUGUAAGUAUUUAUAUUUUCUUUUACUUCAAA